CGUCCUGAAUAUCAAAUGGCUCUCGACCUUCGAAAACUUCUCCCGAGCUUUAUACAACCUGUUGACAGCACAUGUGAUAUUCAGAGCAGUGAGCAGACAGACAAUAAGACGGAUGCAGAGAAACUCUCCACCUGGACAUGGAUCACCUUUUGUUGUUGCUGAUGCUGCUGCUGUGGAGCUCAGGACUCCAGGAAGAAGGAGAACACAAUUCACCAGAGUCUGUCAGGUUGGUGGGAGGAGACAGUCGCUGUGCAGGAACACUGGAGGUGAAACAUCUGGGAGAAUGGAGGCCAGUUAAUUAUGAUCUCUGGACCUUGAAGACAGCAGAUGCUGUCUGCAGGAAGUUGGACUGUGGCUCUGUUGUUUCUGUAGGAGAAAGGAGUUCUCAGAGAACUUUACGCAGGAGUAUGAACUUUAUGCAGGAGUAUGAGUACGAGCAUAAGUAUCGCUUUCUUAAAGUCAAAUCUGUGUGGAGGAUCGACGAGGACUGUGUUCAGUCUGAUCUGAGAGAGUGUGCAGAAUCAUCUUCCUCUUACUACAUCAUGGAUCUCACCUGCUCAGACUCUGUCAGGCUGGUGAAUGGGACCAGUCUGUGCUCAGGCAGACUGGAGGUGAAGACUAACCAGUCUACCCAGAAGUGGUCCUCAGUGUGUGAAGAAGACUUUGACCAGCAGGAUGCAGAGGUGGUCUGUAGGGAGCUUGGCUGUGGGGCUCCUUCAGUCCUCCAGGGGGCGCUCUAUGGAGAAGUGGAGGCUCCAAUAAGGGCCAAAGAGUUCCAGUGUGGAGGCAACGAGUCUGCUCUCCUGGACUGUAGAAGCUCAGGCUCACAUAGAAACAACUGCUCAUCAGGAAAAGCUGUUGGACUCACCUGCUCAGAGCCUGACGUUGUCAGGUUGGUGAGAGGAGACAGUCACUGUGCAGGAUCACUGGAGCUGAAACAUCACAGAGAAUGGAAACCACUUACCAAUAAAUUUGGCUGGACCCUGAAGACAGCAGCUGUGAUCUGCAGAGAGUUGGGCUGUGGCUCUACUCUUAUUGUAAAAGAGGCAUUUAUUGUGGACGCACCUGUGUGGGGGAUCAGCUCUGACUGUGUUCAGUCUGGAUAUGCUCUGAGGGACUGUGCAACAGCAUCUUCCUCUAUGAACAUGCUGUAUCUCACCUGCUCAGACUCUGUCAGGCUGGUGAAUGGGACCAGUCUUUGCUCAGGCAAACUGGAGGUGAAGACUAACCAGUCUACCCAGAAGUGGUCCUCAGUGUGUGAAGAAGACUUUGACCAGCAGGAUGCAGAGGUGGUCUGUAGGGAGCUUGGCUGUGGGGCUCCUUCAGUCCUCCAGGGGGCGCUCUAUGGAGAAGUGGAGGCUCCAAUAAGGGCCAAAGAGUUCCAGUGUGGAGGCAACGAGUCUGCUCUCCUGGACUGUAGAAGCUCAGGCUCAGAUAGAAACAACUGCUCAUCAGGAAAAGCUGUUGGACUCACCUGCUCAGAGCCUGUCGUCAGGUUGGUGGGAGGAGACAAUCGCUGCGCAGGAACACUGGAGCUGAAACCUCAGGCAGACUGGAGACCAUUGGUUGGCUAUAACUGGACCCUGAAGACAGCAGAUGUUGCCUGCAGAGAGUUGGGCUGUGGCUCUGCUGUUAUUGUAGAACAGAGAGAAGAUUCCUCAUACAGAUCUGUGUGGAGGAUCAACUCUGAUUGUAUUCAGUUUGGAUCUGCUCUGAGGGAGUGUGCAACAUCAUAUUUCUCCAACACCGCCCUGAAUCUCACCUGUUCAGACCUGCUGCUUCAGCCCAACAUCUCUGUGUCCUUCUCCAUGGACGGGGUCUCCGAGGCCCAGCAGCAGGGGUUCCGCGUGUUCAGGGGCUCCAACUUCACGAUUAGUUGCUCCAUCCAGCCACAGUACCCAGGAGGCUCCUUCCAGCUCACCUUCACCUCCUCCGACUCAGCACACAACUCCACCCAGCCAGCUGUCAAUCACUCUGCCCAAUUCCUGUUUCCUACAGUAGAGCCCGCCCACCAAGGAAGCUACAGCUGUGUUUAUCACCUGUAUGUUUUCUCUCAUAACUUCUCCUCUGAGAGCCAUCGGCUCUCUUUCACGGUCAUAGAUCCGAGGCCUUUUAUCAUCAGAGCGAUCACCUUGCCGCUGAUUCUGCUGGUCGUGAUCACUCCCCUUUACUUCUACUGUAAGGCCAACAGGGGGCAAAUGCCGUGGAGACAGAAGAACAUUGAGCCGGAUUAUUAUAACCUGGGUGGUCCUGCAGCUAAAAGAGGACCGACUGAAGAGGAAGGAGCUCAGGGAGCAGAGUAGCACCUCCAGGGAGCUCAUCUCACAUCCAGAUGGAGUUAAAGCAUUUUGCGCCAUUUUCUAAAGGAAUAAGGCUGUUUAAAAACUGGACACUUGGGAAAAAUUCACAUUCAUUUCCCUUUACAAAACUUUUCAACUCAUUUUGAAUGGUACGUGUCCCGCAUGUGUCCCACUUCCCUCCCUGACAUGCUAGGUGCUAGCAGGUCUAAACCAAGAUGGUCCCACCCCACUCGGACGUGGCAACAACACACUCAAAAACAGCACUAGCAUGCUCAGAACGUGUUUUCUCCAUUCGGACCAAGGUCAACAGAUUAUUAGCUGCGUCAACCCUGAGACCCUGUUUCAGGGGAAUUUUUAACAGACACAUUUUUUUCUUCUAAAUGACUUUAAGUGAACUUUCUCUUGGAUUUUUGUAGAGGGCCUUCUUGUCAUGGUUGUGUAUGUUUCAGUUUCCCGUUUUAUUUUGUAGUCUCUGUUUUCUCCCAUGUCAUGUCUUGUUUUACUUCCUGCCUUGUGUUUUCCC